GGACAGCCCGGCCCGGCGGGUUCGGGUGUUUUCGUCCCUCGACUCCCCCGUCCCCCACCUCGCAGGGGACGCACAGAGAAAUAAAGUGCUCGGUAACGCGCACUGACGGUGUCCAUAGGCGAGGCGUCGGCAUAGAGGCGUGCUAAGCAUGGAGGGAGAUGAAGAGGAAGACUAUAUGUCUGAUUUAUUUCUUAAACAGGAUGUCAGGCCAGGCUUGCCCAUGGUGAGGCGGGUGAAGGAAGCUAUUCAGAAAGAAGAAAAGCAAAAAGAAGCCAAUGAGAAGAACAGACAAAAAAGCAUAAAAGAAGAAGAAAAAGAGAGACGUGACUUGGUAUUGAAAAGUGCAUUGGGCAACGAGAACAAAGGCUUUGCUUUGCUCCAGAAGAUGGGCUACAAGAGCGGCCAGGCCCUUGGCAAAAGUGGAGAAGGCAUUGUUGAACCUAUUCCUCUGAACAUAAAAACAGGCAGAAGUGGGCUUGGUCAUGAGGAAUUAAAAAAGAGAAAAGCUGAAGAAAAACUGGAAAACUAUAGACAAAAACUCCAUAUGAAAAAACAAGCAAAUGAACAAGCUGCAGAUCAGUUCAGAAUAAGAUUCAAAACCAAACAAGAAGAACGUAAGAUGGAAGGGGACCUGCGAAAAAGCCAGAGGGCCUGCCAGCAACUAGAUAUGCAAAAAGAUAUUGAUGUUCCCAAGGAGACUUGGUUUUGGAUAGAACCUGAAGAGGAAGACAAAAAGGAUGAGGAAGACGAGGAAGAUGAAUGCACAAGCUCAGACUUAAGUGUACCAGAAAAGCUGCACAUCCUGACGGCCUAUUUGAGAGAGAAGCACUUCUAUUGCAUUUGGUGUGGAACAACCUAUGAAGACUCUGAAGAUUUAUCUUCAAACUGUCCUGGAGACAGUGCUGCAGAUCAUGACUAAAGCCAGUCUAAAGGAAGAAGCCCUAGAUAACAGGGCUUGGCAACACUAGAGUUUGUCAUGUUCCAUUAAGUGAAAUUCUUUCUGACCUAAUGGAGCAGCUGAAGACCAUCCUACGACUUUCCAUCCACAUAACUUUCCCACCUGCCUGCAGAGCACAAGAUUUUUAUAAUUUAAGGAAAUGGUGCUUUUCCAACUGUAAACACCAUGGAACUGCGCAUGCAUUUGCAGUCAACUGUGAGCAGGAACAGAAGAUCUGAGGAAGUACUGCAAGGUGGCUGGAGAGAGCCAAGUUGAACAGACACACUGGUAUGAUCUUCUCAUACUGGCAAAAGGAUCUGGCUGUUCAAAAGCUGAAUCCAACCACAAUUACUUUGGACAAGAUACCCAGCAGCUACAUCACUGUCCUACCAAUAUGCAGGUUUGCACAUAAGAAGCUCCACGCACAUACAGGAUACCUUUUUAAAAAAAGCUUAAGUAACAUGGGCUUUCUUUUAGAAAUAAUAUCUGUUUCACUUAAAGUAACAUGUUCCAAAUCACUUUUGUUUUCAUCUUGGAAAACUGCAAGGCUUUUGAUUUGCUAGAAACUCUUCUUGCUCCACUGUGCAGUGAAGACAAGAACAUGGCAGAGAUAAAACUCACCCAUCCAUAAUUUGUUUCCUAAAAUUAGAAAAACAUUCCCUUUAAUUUUCUGACCCAAGAAAAAAUUUAUAAGAAACUUGACAUCCUUUUUUGCAUGACAUGAUCCUUUAGCACGCUUGGACUUUGGUGUAUAUGUAGUAGGACAGAAGUGGAAUAAACUGUAGUAUUUCCCUCAGUUAUGACAUUUCAACUGAGGUAUGAGGAUUUACAGGCUUUAUGGAAAUGAAUUAAGGAAAAAGAUGUAAAUAGAGAUAUUGUUCAAGUUUAAGAGAUUCCUUCUAGAACUAUCAAUAAGUGAUACCAGCUAUCAAUACCAGAUAUCAAUAAGUGAUAUCUAGCUAUCAAUAAGUGAUACCAGAAGCAAGACAAAACAACAACAGUGGGCGUUUUUAAAUUUAAAGAUUACAUACCUCACUUUUUUCAUGAGCAGUGAUUGCUGAAAGAAUUUCAAACCAAAUUAAUCCCAAAGCAUAAAUAUCUACUUCCUUUCCAUAUUUGGUCCCAAUCUAGAAAGAUCAGAACAGAACAAUACAAGUAUCAAAUCCAACUGGAGAACAGCACUUCCUAAAAGCAAAAUUUGAAGUCAGCAGAAAUUUCUACCCCAAGGCUACAGGACUGGCCCGACUCAAUACCCUUCUAAGUUGUUAACCCUUUCUGCCUCAGACCUGUUAAAUAGUGACUAUUAUGUCACACUGAACACCCUGAAAUUAAGACUUCUACAUACCUAUACAGAUAAAGCAUGCCAAUAUUGCCUGUGACAAAUAAUGAAACAAACAGAGAAGCUCAAAUGAUGCAAUUAACAGGGGCCCUAAAUUCAAAUUUAAAUAUAUGUCUGGCAGCCUGGUUUUACACGAGCAUUACUUACAGCAUGCAGUGUGAGACUGUAUGUUCACACAGAGCAAAAAUCUUUACCACACUUGUGAUAAAGCUUUAUCCAGAGUACAGUUAUUCUCUCAUACAGUCAUACCAGGGAACUUUAGGCAACUUGAUUUAUUAUUGAGAUUAGGAUUGAGAACAUCCAAUGCUGAGUUCAUAAUGCACAUCUAAUUACAGAGACACUAAUACAGCAGGACAAUUACCUGUUCUGGUGCCAUAUACGAUCUUGUUCCUCUGUUCUCAGUCAGAGUCUCAAAUGCCACAGAAGUCACAAGACCAAAGUCGCCUAUUUUUAUUUUAUUAUCAUGUGAUAUGAAUACAUUCUGAGGCUAUUUUCAUAUAUAUAAAUAAAAAGAAAAAAAAAUUACCAAAUGACCAAGGUUUAUCACCACACCAAGCAUAAUCAGCCACAGAAGUGUUUCCCUUAAAAUCUGAUGAUUGUUCAGAAAGUAGCAUUAACAAACUGAUGGUGCAGAAAAAGGAAAAACUUAAAUCAAGUUUUAAAAACACAAACUAAAUUUUAAGUAGUACCUUCUGCAGUAACUGCAUCUUUUUUUCCACUAGCUCAGUCAUAGCCCUGUCAUGUUUUAACUGCUCUUCAAAUACAGUGUGCAUAUAACAGUCUAUGUCCCAAAGGGCUUUUCACUCUUCAAUCCUACACAGAACUUGAUACACUUAGGCAAAGCAUUUAGUCUUACAUGGAAUUCCACUCUAGUCAGAGUUUCUCCUAGGCACAGAAGGAUCAUGUGUACUAAAUGAAAUGCAGAGUUAAGGCUUACUACAUGUAUCUCAGAGUAUCAUGUUCACAUUAAACUUCCCCUUUUUAAGUUUGACAGUGUCCUGGCUUAAGACCAGUUGGCAACUAAGCACCAUGCAGUGUAAUGGGAGGGAGAACCAAAAGUAAACUUGUAAGCUGUGUUAAAAACAGUUUAGUAAUAGAAGCAAAAGAAAAAUUUAAUAAUAAUGUAAAUAAUAAUGAUAAUAAAAGGCUUUUAAAAACCAAAACAAGGAAAAACAAGUUAUGCACAGUACAAUUGCUCACCACCCACCGACUGAUGCCAGAUCCCCUUCCUGAGCCCAGAUCAGCCCCUCUUCCGUGUAAAAAAAUAGUAUUUUGACUUAAAAUAAACACUACCUAGUAGCAACCAAAACAUCAGUGUGUUAUCAGCAUUACUAUAAUACUGAACCCAAAACACAGCACUGUACCACCUACUGGAAUUAACUGUAUCCUAGCCAAAACCAGAACAUGAAGUCAAACAACUAAAAAGAGAACUAUAUGUGCUUCAAUGAAGUUUCCCAAAGGAGAUAAAGAAACUACACUUCUGAAUGUUUUUAAAACAAAACCAAAUAGCCUCAUGCUGUCUUCUACUCAAAGAAACUCGUGGACCAUAAGGCCAGGAGAUACUUAGUAGUCAACAGGAAGAGAUCUUCAUGUAAAGAAUGCCCUGUGUAGUUGUUCUCUUCAGGUCUGACCAUGACCACCCAUAUUUAACAUAGUACCUAUAGCUAGCUACACUAUUUAAUGGCUUUGUUCCUACCAGGUACAAAUUACUUUAAUCUCAGCUUGAACCUAUCCUGGGCCAUGGAGAUCUCUGAUGGCCAAGCACCUAAGCUGACAGCAGAUCAAAGAGGAGAAGAAAGCUCCUCAAUUCAAAUAGAGGUAGAAGAGUUAGCAGUAUAACUUGGUUCUGUUCAGGAGAGGGCUAAUUUGGACAGUAAUCAGUGGGGAAUACAUGGCUAAGACAAGGAGGUUAUUCUAUACCACCUCAUGUCAUUUUCUGGGAACAGGGGAAGGAUUCACUUUCGAGUCAUGGGAGCACAGCAUGAUCAGGCAGGGCUCCACAGUGAACUUUUGCAUGUGAAUCACCCUAGUUAUUAGACUUCUGAUUGUAAUCUUGUUAGUGUUUUUGUCUGUGUUUGUUUUCUUAUCUCAUUGCUGUUUCUAGUAAAUUAUUCUUAUUUCAACCGGUGCUCUUUA